AUGGAGAAAAGGCAAAGAGAUUGUCUCUUAUUUGUGGGCUUUCUGUGCCUCAUUGCCCUGGCUGAGUCUGCAACUGUAAGAAUAAUACCAGUAGGAGUGAUUCUGGAUUCUAGUUCAUCACUUGGUCCCACGGUUCUUAAUUGCACCAACAUCGGACUCCAUGGUUUGUAUUCCUCAGGGUAUUCCUAUGGAACAAAGCUCCAACUUCAUUUCAAGGAUUCCCACGCCGAUCUCCUCACUGCAGCGUCCGCAGCUUGGGAUCUAAUAAAUGGAACAAAGGUGCAUGCAAUCCUGGGACCUGAAAACUAUGAGCAAGCAAGCUCCACUAGAAGCCAUUGCUUUCAGUUCGUAGCUAUCGCAGCCAUUAUCAGAGCUUAUAAUUGGCAGUCUGUGGUCGCCAUCUAUGAAGACCCAGACUUCCGCAAUGACCUCAUUCCAUGUCUCACUUAUGCCUUGCAAGAAAUGGACACUCUAGUGCCUAACGCAAUUGUCAUUCGUCGACGUUCCAAUGAUUCUCAAAUCACCGGCGAGCUCGACAAGAUAAAUCCCGAGCGCGCACAUGUGUUUCUUGCUCAUAUGACUGUGGAGCUUUGGUCAAGACUUGUGAAACAUGCAAAAGUUAAAUGGAUGUUGAGUAGAGGACACCCUUGGAUACUUACACAAGGCUUAUCCUCAGUGAUAGAUCCCGAAGCCAAAGAUAUGAAAGUGAAAGCCUACAUGGAUGGUGCUUUGGGUGUGAGGCCAUCAGUGGCCGUGAGGCGACCACUGAAUGUUUCCAGCAUUAUAGCUCAGCGCUUUUCCUUAGCGAGAACAUUAAAGUUUGAGUACAAUAAAACUCUCUCUAUCUGGCAUGUGGGCUUACGACACUAUCACAGCAUAUUGGCCAAAGCGGUAGAGAAGGCCAGCUUAGGCAAUUCUACUUUCGGAUAUGGGAAUGAAAGUAGAGUUGAUCUUGAAGAUAGAGGAAUGCGCAACGAAACAGGCCCAAAGCUUCGCAGAAAAAUUCUGGCUGCUAAUUUCGUAGGCCUUGAAAAUGGUGAACCAGCUGGUAAAUACAAACUAACGGACCCGAUAUGGCCGGGUAACACAACAGAGAGACCACCAAAGUUGGAAAUUGGGGUCCCAAAGAUGUAUUUUACUCAAUUUGUUGAUGUUAAUGUGAGUGUAGAAGGGCAGAAUGUAUCAGCCUCUAGCUUGACUGUUGAUGUGUUUAAAAGAGUGGUUCAUGUUUUGCCAUUUCCUUUACCUUAUGAGUUUGUGCCUGUGAGCAAUGGAGAGCUGACUCCCUCCAGCUACGAUGAUCUUCUCUGCCAUAUCACAGACAAGCUUGGAUACACUCAAGAACAUCCCAGGAUAUGCUAA